AUGGCUUCCGCCGCAUCCUCGGCCGAGAGACCCCUCCCAGACAAAGCCCAGAUCAUCGACCAAAAGAGCCUCCUUGUCCUUGACGAGGUCUUGCCUCCGUCGAAGGCUAACGCUACUACGGAAUUCCUCUGGCCCGGCGUAACCCAUGAGUCUCUCACGGAGAAGCCCUUCCAUGUCUAUGACCCAGACUUCUACGACAUCAUAGGCAGUGAUCCGUCAUUGACUCUGCUUGCCGAGUCGGAGUCAGACCCGCUAUUUCAUGAGGCCGUGACAUGGUACCCGCCCACGGAUGAGGUGUUCUUCGUCCAGAAUGCCGGAGCUCCCGCUGCUGGCACUGGUCUGAACAAGUCAUCCAUCGUUCAGAAGAUCUCCCUCGCGGACGCAGAGGCACUGCGCAGUGGAUCCCUUGGCGCCGAGGCAGUCACUGUCCACACCGUGCCGUCGAACCCUCAGGUCAUCAACCCCAACGGUGGGACAAACUACAAGGGCAACAUCAUCUUUGCAGGCGAGGGACAGGGAGAGAAAAUCCCAUCUGCGUUGUACCUGAUGAAUCCUGUGGAGCCCUACAACACGACUAUUCUCGUCAACAACUACUUUGGCAGACAGUUCAACUCCCUGAACGAUGUCUCGGUGAAUCCCCGCAACGGCGAGAUUUACUUCACAGACACCCAGUAUGGGUACUGGCAGUACUUCCGUCCUGAGCCUGGUCUGCCGAACCAGAUCUACCGGCUGAACCCCGAGACCGGGGCGUUGACGGUUGUGACCGACGACCAUGUUUCGCCAAAUGGUCUCACUUUCUCACCUGAUGGCAGCUACGCGUAUGUCACGGAUACCGGAAUCAGCCAAGCGCUCUUCGGUAUGAACAUGACCAAGCCAGCUACUGUCUAUCGGUAUGAAGUCCAGCCAGACGGUACCUGGGAAAACCGCAAGGUCUUUGCGCACGUCCAUGCUCGCCUCCCUGACGGCAUCCACUGUGACACCAAGGGCAAUGUCUACGCUGGAGCCAACGACGGCGUGCACGUCUGGAACAACUCCGGGAAGCUCCUGGGCAAGAUCUAUACGGGCGUCGUCGCUGCCAACUUCCAGUUUGCGGGCGAGGGGCGCAUGGUCAUCAUGGGCAAGACCAAACUCUUCUACGCGACUCUGGCAGCAUCAGGUGUCGCUUUGCAAUAG